AUGGGUGGCAACAUCCUCAUCGGCUGGAUGCUCAGGCUGGAAGGCACAGAUCUUGGCAGGGAGAGGAGGGAUCGUGCAGAGGAGCAGCAGCAGCUGCAACAGGAGGCCGGCGUAAGCAUAAACAAAAUGAACUCGGUUUACCUGGGUGGAGUCUCAGUCGGUAACCCAGGAGCAGUUACCUGGUUUUGUGAGUCUCAGGAUCAGAUAAAGAUCCUGUCAUUUGUGAACCUUGUCUGUGGCUGUGGGCUGGAGUUCCUGCUGGUUCUCUGUGGGCUAGAGCUCUCCUGGUCCUGCCCUCGUCACUGUAUCUGCUACACUGCACCCAGCACCGUUUCCUGCCAAGCCCACAACUUCCUGUCAGUCCCCGAAGGCAUUCCCCCCGACAGCGAGCGCAUCUUCCUGCAGAACAACAAGAUCCACCGCCUGCUCCGGGGCCACUUCAGCUCUACCACGGUCACUCUCUGGAUCUACUCCAAUAAUAUCACAUACAUUGAACCCUCCACCUUCCACGGCUUCACGCUGCUAGAGGAGCUGGACCUGGGAGACAACCGCCACCUGCGCUCCCUGGCCGCGGACACCUUCCACGGGCUGGGGCGGCUCCACGCACUGCACCUGUACCGCUGUGGACUCAGUGCACUGCCUAACAACAUCUUCCAGGGCCUCAGAAACCUGCAGUAUCUCUACCUGCAGGAUAAUCAUCUGAAGUUCCUGCAGGACGACACCUUUGUGGACCUCCACAACCUGAGCCACCUGUUCCUGCAUGGGAACCGUCUGUGGAGCCUUCACCAGAACACCUUCAGAGGCCUGAGGGCCUUGGACCGUCUGCUUCUGCACCAAAACCAGAUCCAGUGGGUCGACCGCCUGGCCUUCCAUGACCUGAAACGCCUCACUACCCUCUACCUGUUCAACAACUCCCUGAUCGAGCUGUCCGGACAGUGCCUGGACACGCUGCCUGCCUUGGAAUAUCUGCGCCUCAACGACAACCCCUGGUCAUGUGACUGCAAGGCCCUGUCGCUAUGGGAAUGGUUGAAACGUUUCCGAGGUUCCACGUCCUCUGUGGGCUGUCAGGCACCAGCUGAUAUGGUCGGGAAGGACCUCAAACAGCUGCAGAAGGAGGACUUCCCUAACUGUUCGCCAACUGUACCCAAUUCUGAGUCCAGGGCCCAGAGUAAGACCAGCAACUUAUCUGGCACAGUGAACCCAUCUAUGAAUGGUGGUGUAGCCGUGGGGUCAGGGGGGCAGACCCGUAUAGUGCACCCCUCGAGGCCCGGCCGUUCCCGGAACUGCACAAAGCCUCGUAAUAGGGCGAACAAGGGAAAGGCGGACAAUGAGGUUCACCACUCGAAGGAGGUCAUGGCAGACAAGGAGGAUUCCUCCCCAGAUUUCACAGAUGGGGGCAAAUAUGACCACACAUCCCCAGAUGGCACCAUCACACGGAGGAAGCACAAGUGCACACCCCGGACCACUGUUCGCCCCCCUAGUGGGGUUCAGCAAGCCAACAAUAGGGCGACCUUACCCCAGUCCUUACUAUGUCUCUAUGCCCUUUUGGGAGCCUUGGUAACAAUAAACAUUGACUACAUUCUCCGUUGACGCACAGAGGGUUCAAUAAAUGCUAAUCGACAAAAAUGCAGCCCUCAGACCCUCUCUUGCUCCUGCACUACAAGGCCUCUGUGUCUUUUAUGUAUGUGUGUGUGAGUGUGAUUAUGUGUGUAAAAUGUUGUGUAGGGAGCCUUACUGUUUAGACUCUGAAAUAGACAUCCAAGCAUCAAACAUCUACAGCAGAAAGACUCAUGGGAACUUAGACUCACGGAAAGACGAAAGGGAAACGCAGACCAAGCUUGCACUGCCACUUACGCCAGUAUGAUUUCAUCUUCAGUUGUCUUUUUAUCUCUUAUUUUUUUAAGUUCUGUCUUUCACUCAGAUAACCAAACUUCGCAGAGAGGGAGAGAGAGAGAGAGAGAGAGAGAGAGAG